GUGAAAACGCGUCUGGGGAACGCAUCAUGCUAGUGGCGUUCGCGGCUUCCUUCUCUGCGGCUCGUCGAGCUUCAGCUUCUCGAGUGGCGAGCGCUUGCCGUGGAGUCCCGAGGUACUCCUCGGACUCAGCACAUCGCCGCAUCAAAGCCUCUGCGGGCGCAGCACUAGAAGCUCCCACCAGGACCUCGAGAGAGCCAUACCGGACGGUGGUCCUCGCGUCCACCCCACGCGAAAGUACCCCGCCCAGUGCCGUGGCAGGCGCGUGCGCUGGCCCAGACGAAGGAAGGGUACGUGCUGUCCUGGGACUUGUUUUGGGCCUUCCGCUGCCUUCUUCUUCGGCAAGAGUUACUGUAGCAUGUGACUUUCAAAGCAUCAGCUUAGCUUUGAGUGCCAUUUGAAAGGUAGUAAGUAAUGAACGA